AUGACUGCGAUCGUCAGCAUUAGUCGUCUACUGGAUGCUCUUGUCACUGGGGCUUUUGUGGAGCUCUCCCUCUGCCGUAGAUACGUGUUAAGCCUCUUCUACAAGUUUAUAGUGGUAACGGAGCGGGCUCGUACCGGUGUAUUUGGCAACUUCCUACAGAACUCCCUACCAUUCAAGCAUAAUCGUUUCGAAUACAACCUAACCCAUGUGAUACUAUUCGCUAUCCUCAUUACACUCUUCACUUUAUGCCAUCACAAGUACUUGGAUGAAUUAGAGAAGAAGGAGACUAAGGGAGGGAGGUCUAAGGCCGGCCAAAAGCAGUAG